GGAGAAGGUUGGCGCUGCAGCGUCUGUCCUGUGUCCACAGAGGAGUUUGGGAAAUGUCCCAGUAGGGUCUGCACUGCAACAUCUUCUGCAGGCCACCUUUACUGCUCUGCUCUCUCCUCCAUCCAGCUACAUCAGUCUGACAGGAGCAUCUUUGUGCAGCUACAGAAGGGAUCAGUCAUCCAAACUCGGGACAACAUGGCAGACAAAGACACUGUAGAGAAGUUCCUUGACAACAACCCACAGUUUGCUAAGGAGUACUAUGACAAGAAAGUCAAGGCAGAAGUGAUCACCGCUGCCUUCAACAACCAGGUCAAGCUCAAAGAACCAACCUCUUACAAGGAUGUUUCCGCCCUCCAGGAGGCUGAGUUCAUAUUUGAGCUUGUAAAGGAGAUGCAGGACACCGAGCCGAUGGAAAAAGCCCUGCAUAAAAUUCUGCAGAGAAUUGCUCUGCUGAUCCAAGCUGAUCGCUGCAGCUACUUUGGCUGCAGGGCUCGUAAUGGAGUACCCGAGCUCUCCACCAUCCUCUUCGAUGUGACACACAAUUCUCCAUUUAAUAAAAAUCUAGUGAACCCUAAUGUAGAGAUUGUUUUUCCCACCGACAUGGGAAUUGUUGGAUGGACGGCCCACUCCAAGAAGGCUCAGAAUAUACCCGAUGUUAAGAAGGACAAACAUUUCAAUGAUUUUGUGGAUAAACAGAGCAAAUAUACCACCAAAUGCAUGAUUACCGCUCCCAUUAUGAAUGAAAAGGAACCCAUCGGUGUCAUCAUGGCACUCAACAAACAAGGGGCUGAUGAAUUCUCAAAGAGUGAUCAGGAGCUCUUCAAUAAAUAUGUGAACUUUGCUUCUGUGGUCGUUCUUCUAACCCACACUGCUUCCAUGUGGGAUAUAGAGUCAAGGAGAAGCCAGGUGUUGCUGUGGUCAGCCAGCAAAGUUUUUGAAGAGUUGACAGAUAUUGAGAGGCAGUUUCACAAAGCCUUGUACACCGUGAGGACGUAUAUCAAGUGUGAGAGAUACUCUGUGGGACUCCUGGACAUGACCAAAGAAAAGGAAUUCUUCGAUGAAUGGCCAAUCAAACUAGGAGAACAGGAGCCAUACAAAGGCCCCAAGACACCUGAUGGCAGAGAAAUCAACUUCUACAAGAUUAUUGACUACUUGCUGGAAGACAAAGAGGAGAUUAAAGUUAUCCCCGGCCCUCCAGCUGACCACUGGGCUCUGGUCAGCGGACUCCCAGCAUACGUGGCUGAGAAUGGAUUUAUCUGUAACAUGAUGAAUGCUGCAGCAGACGAAUACUUUGCGUUUCAAAAAGAAGCUGUGGAUGAGACUGGAUGGACGAUUAAGAAUGUCCUCUCCCUCCCUAUCGUCAACAAAAAGGAAGAAAUUGUUGGUGUUGCCACUUUCUUCAACAGAAAAGACGGCAAACCAUUUGACGAGAAUGAUGAACAAAUUACAGAAGCUCUAACCCAGUUCCUCGGCUGGUCCACUCUGAAUAGUGACACAUACGACAAACUGAACAGGACAGAGUGGAGGAAAGACAUUGCCCAGGAAAUGCUCAUGUAUCAAUCAACGGCCACACCGAAUGACGUGCAGACUAUUCUGAACACUCGAGAUAAGUUUGGCUCAGGACCAGAGGACUGUGACCAGAAGGAGAUGUACAAACUGUUGAGAGCCAACAUCCCUGAGGCCAAGACUGUGGAGCUGCGCGAGUUCCACUUCAGCGACUUUCCUUUGUCAGAGUUUGAACUCAUCAAGUGUGGUAUCCGCUGCUUCUUUGAGCUCGGGGUGGUAGAGAAGUUUAAAGUCCCAGCUGAGAUCCUGACCCGAUGGAUGUACACCGUUCGUAAGGGAUAUCGUGACAUCACCUACCACAACUGGAGGCACGGCUUCAAUGUCGGACAAACCAUGUUCUCUCUGCUGCUUACAGGUAAACUGAAGAAGUAUUACUCAGAUCUUGAGGCCUUUGCCAUGGUUGCUGCUGCAUUCUGCCACGAUAUUGACCACAGAGGAACCAAUAAUCUCUACCAGACAAAGAGUUUAUCCCCACUGGCAAAACUGCACAGCUCCUCGGUUAUGGAGCGGCAUCAUCUCGAGUAUAGUAAGACACUGAUGGAGGAUGAGAACCUGAAUAUCUUCCAAAACCUUCAGAAACGUCAGUUUGAGACAGUGCAGCAUCUGUUUGAAGUUUGCAUAAUUGCCACUGAUCUCGCCCUCUACUUCAAGAAGAGGACGAUGUUCCAAAAAAUUGUGGAAUCUAUGGAGGGGAUUCCAGAGGAGAAAGAGAAGGUCAACUACGUCUCCAACAAUGCAACCAGGAAGGAAAUUAUCAUGGCAAUGAUGAUGACAGCUUGUGACCUGUCAGCUAUAACAAAGCCAUGGGAGGUUCAGAGCAAGGUUGCUCUUAUGGUGGCAGCAGAGUUUUGGGAGCAGGGAGACCUCGAAAGGACAGUCCUUGAUCAGCAGCCUAUCCCGAUGAUGGACAGAAACCAUGCUGAUGAGCUGCCUAAGAUGCAGUGUGGUUUCAUUGACUUUGUCUGCUCCUUUGUGUACAAGGAGUUUUCUCGCUUCCACACAGAGAUCACCCCAAUGUUCAAUGGGCUGAAUAUCAACAGGGGAGAGUGGAGAGCCCUCGCAGAUGUCCACGAGGCCAAGAUGAAGGCCAUCGAAGACGAGAAGAAAAAGUUGGAGGGUGGAGAUGCACAAGAUGGCGGGAAGACAAAGACGUGUGUUAUCUGCUAGACCUCCAGGACCAUCUAUGAAUGUUUGACUGGAUGUGUAUUUGUACAGUGUGUGUGCAUGAGCAUGUGUUCACAGUUGAGGGAAGCAAUUAUUAUUUUUAUAACUAUAAUAUUUAGUUCUUCUGUCCUGUAAUACAGAAAACUAUUUUAAUCAGCAGCAGUCUAGAGUGCAUACAGUUUGUAUGUGAUACUAUAAAAACGUUCUUAAACAUUAUUCUUUUAUAUACUAAAAUAAUUAUUUGAUUCAUUAAGAAGAGUACAUAUUGGUGUUUUAUUAUAAGUACUUAUACUGAAUAUAAUAUAAGAAUAUGCAGUUGAAGUUGUUAUUUAUGAGAAAUUAGGAAUAUAAAUACUACAAUAAAAUGCUUAAUAAUAUUUUGUUGAGAAAAAAAAUGAAUACAUACAAUUACUACUGCUUCUUUUUUUAUUGCAAGUAAUGCUUUCAAAAUGUAAAACAUAUGUCCCCAGCUAAUGGGUGAGAGAUAUAAGAAGAUUUGACUGAAUUGGAUUUGGUUAUAAGCCAACUGGAGCCCCACGGCUUUUCUUUCUAAGUCUCCUGCUUACAUAAAGUAAAAAUACUGCCGCCCUCAUAAGUCAGCAAACAUGUGGCAUACAGGACACAGGAAGGUGUCAUAUGGAAACACUGCAGCAUGCAGAGUCAAAGAUGACAUUGUUUAACUGUGAAGCAACACAUUCAGUAUUAUAUGUUGUGAUUUAUUGAAGCUAAAAUGUUAAGAUUUAUUUUCCCAAACCAUCUCAAAACAGAGCUUGUGACAUUGGUAGCACGUAGCAGAAAAAAAUAUUGUAUUUUCUUUCCUGAUGAAGUGUUUGUUUGCUUUUUAACAUAAGAGCUUUGAAUCUCAGAAAUCUAACUCUACCAUGCAUGUAUAGCAUUAAAUACAUUAUUUUAUGUGCAAUAGUGUCAUGUGUAAGACAUGAAGGAUGUCAAUAAAGUUUAU